UUACCAACCAGACAACCCCGGGAACUGAUUUUCCAUUACCGGUCUUCAUAAGACACCCACCUUGUCUUCAUACUUUCUAUUCAACUUACAUAUAAGUUGUUCCUUUCCUUUCAAUUUUGUUUGAAUCCACGGCAUUUCGUCAUUGUUGAUAAUUGGCUGAGGAUCGAUUUACUUGUUUAUCAAUACAAUGGCUCAAGAAGUUGUGGACCCGGAAGAGCAGGUGGUUCUUGGGGAAGAAAUAGACCAUGUGAGGAUAAUUACUUUGAACCGGUCUCGUCAACUGAAUGUGCUCAAUUCAAAAGUGGUUUAUCUACUAGCUGAAUACUUGGAAAAAUGGGAGAGGGAUGACAAAUCUAAGCUUAUAUUAAUUAAAGGGGCUGGCCGAGCUUUUUCUGCUGGAGGGGAUUUGAAAAUGUUCUAUGAUGGAAAACCGAUAAAGGAUUCUUGCCUUGAAGUGGUCUACAGAACUUAUUGGCUAUGCUAUCACAUCCAUACAUACAAGAAAACCCAGGUCGCCCUGGUUAAUGGAAUUGCAAUGGGAGGAGGAGCGUCCUUGAUGACUCCAAUGAAAUUUUCAGUUGUCACUGAGAAAACUGUUUUUGCAACUCCAGAAGCAAGUAUCGGGUUUCAUGUUGAUUGUGGCUUUUCAUACAUUCUUUCCCAUCUACCUGGUCAUUUGGGGGAAUACUUAGCCUUAACUGGGUCAAGGCUUAAUGGGAAAGAACUGGUUGCAGCUGGACUGGCAACCCAUUUUGUCCCUUCUGAGAAAAUGGGAGAGCUAGAGAAGCAUCUGAUUAAAUUGAACUCUGGUGAUGAGAAUGCUGUGAAAUCCACAAUCGAAGACUUCUCUCCUGGAGUUCAGCUUGAUGAAGACAGUGUUCUCAACAAGAAGUUGAUCAUUGACGAGUGUUUUUCCAAGGAGACCAUGGAGGAUAUCAUCAAAUCACUUGAUACCAAGGCAAGGAAAGAAGGAAAUGAAUGGAUAGUACCAGUCCUUAAGGGGUUGACAAGAUCAUCUCCUACGGCACUGAAAAUUACGCUAAGAUCGAUUCGUGAUGGAAGGAAGCAAACACUGGCUGAAAGUCUGAAGAAAGAAUUCAGGGUAACAAUGAACAUAUUACGAACCACAGUAUCAACGGAUGUCUAUGAGGGUAUUAGAGCACUCACUAUUGAUAAGGAUACUGCUCCUAAGUGGGAUCCGCCAAGUUUCGAGCAAGCGGAAGAGGGAAAGCUGGAGUUGGUAUUUCAGGCAUUUGGAGGGGACCUGGAGCUCCAGAUACCAGAAAAAGAGGAAUGCAGGUGGGAUGGUAAGUAUGAGUACUCCCCUUAUGCAACGAAGGUGACAGAUGAAGAGAAGAAAACUCGUCAGGCUGCUUCUUUGUUAUGAACCUGAACCUGAACCUGAACCUGGUAGCUCUACACAGCAGUCAUGUGCUUCAGCUCGCUUCUGUUUGCUCGGUUUUUCCUACGUGUAUUAAUCGAUGAUACGAUUAUUGACAAGGUGUACACAAGGAAAGGAGCUGCACAACAUGGCAAGACAGGUGGCUGAGGCGGAUUGAUCCAGUUGUUGCUUUAGUAUUAGUGUCUUUUACUCAUUUUGUCUUUUCUUGCUUAGGGUUUCGCUGUCUAGGUAUUUAAUGUAAGGUUUGUAAUAGGAGGCGGCAGACUACAUUUUGUAAGGACUCAUUGGGAGGCCCUAACUCCUCGAAAGUUAGGUUGUUGGUUCUCUGUUUUAUCCAUUAUCGCUGCUACUCGUUAUCUGCUUUCCAUCAAUACAAGAAGUAGUUCAUCUUCUUGACCA